UUAAAUAUAUUUCUUCUAGAACUUUUAUUUUUUUGUUGCAAAUUUUCUAAUUCAUCUUCACCAUAUUUACGUGAUAACCACUACUAUUUUCCUUUCAUACUCAACAGCUACUCUGGAAACAUUAAUCUUCACAAAGAAAGCAGAAUAAAGGGCCACAUGUAUGUUAUUAUUGGUUCAUCAGUUGGGGCUUCUGUUCUACUCUUGGCUACUGUCAUAUCUUGCUUUUUUAUGCGUAAAGGCAAGAGGAGAUAUCAUGAACAAGACCACAUUGAUUCUCUCCCUACUCAAAGGCUGGCUUCUUGGAAGAGUGACGAUCCUGCAGAAGCUGCUCAUUGCUUCAGUUUUUCUGAAAUUGAAAAUGCUACAAAUAAAUUUGAGAAAAAAAUUGGUUCUGGUGGUUUUGGAGUUGUAUACUAUGGAAAACUCAAAGAUGGAAAAGAGAUAGCAGUUAAAGUUUUAACCAGUAAUUCCUAUCAAGGAAAGCGAGAGUUCUCCAAUGAGGUGACUCUUCUUUCAAGAAUACAUCACAGAAAUUUGGUACAGCUUCUUGGGUAUUGCCGAGAUGAAGAGAAUAGUAUGCUUGUUUAUGAGUUCAUGCAUAAUGGCACUCUCAAGGAACAUCUUUAUGGCCCGUUAGCGCAUGGACGGAGUAUCAAUUGGAUUAAGCGCCUAGAGAUUGCAGAAGAUGCUGCCAAAGGGAUUGAAUAUCUUCAUACGGGUUGUGUUCCUGUCGUUAUCCAUAGAGACUUAAAAAGCAGCAAUAUUCUUCUCGACAAGCACAUGAGAGCCAAGGUUUCAGAUUUCGGUCUUUCAAAACUGGCAGUUGAUGGGGUUUCCCAUGUUUCAAGCAUAGUUCGGGGGACAGUAGGAUAUCUGGAUCCUGAGUACUAUAUUUCUCAGCAGCUGACUGACAAGAGUGAUGUUUAUAGUUUUGGUGUAAUUCUUCUUGAACUCAUAUCUGGUCAAGAAGCAAUAUCGAAUGAAAGCUUUGGGUUAAAUUGCCGAAACAUAGUCCAAUGGGCAAAAUUACACAUUGAGAGUGGAGAUAUACAAGGAAUUAUCGAUCCCUUGCUGCGGAAUGACUAUGACCUACAAUCAAUGUGGAAAAUAGCAGAGAAAGCAUUGAUGUGUGUUCAGCCCCAUGGGCAUAUGCGGCCAUCAAUUUCAGAAGUUCUAAAGGAGAUCCAAGAUGCAAUAUCUAUAGAGAGACAGGCAGAAUCAUUAAGAGAAGGCAAUUCAGAUGAUAUGUCAAAAAAUUCUUUUCAUUCUUCCGCGAACUUGGGUUCAAUGGAUCUAGGUGGAGCUGAGAGUUACCUGUCUAUUGAUGAAUCAAUUACGCAGCCAACAGCAAGAUAGAUCUCUCUUGUAAACAAAAGCAAGUUUUCCUUUUCCCUUUUCCUCUCAUUACUUCUUUCUGUGUGGAGGCCUUGUUCAUAUGUGGUUUAGUGAUUGGUGCCCCCUCCCAACCAAAUGCAUGUGAACUGGAGUUAAUGCGUUCUGCCUUUGCAAUCACCGAUGGCAUUGUAUACAUUGAAUUGCCACUCGACUUGUUUGUUUGCAAAGCACCAGGGAAAAAAGCGUGCUGCUUUAGGGAUGUAGGAUUUCAAUUUUGAAGGGAAAAAAAUAUUGAAAAUUUGCUGUUUGGCAGGAUGAUAACUUAAGACAGUGAAGGGCUUCCUAAAAGUACAGCUGAAGGAUCAGGAGAGCGUAGGUAGUAGUGAUUGAAUCAUGCUUGAUGUAGAAAGUGCAGAACAUUACUAUUUGUUAUGAAAAUUUAGUAAAACUUGCACGAAUUUUAUGUUUACUUUUUAUUGGAUAAUUAUAUUAAGUUCAUACGUGGGAUAAAUAAAUUACAGAAGUUAUUCGUCC